AUGACGAACCCGAUCGCGUUGCGCGCAACCACCACCAUACAACGGGACCGCCCGCAACUGCAGCCAACCCUCAAUACUACGUUAGACACAUCGACCACUUUGACCCCAGACUCGACCCACCGACGAGCCAGGCGACGUCGAGACCCGCUCGGACCAUCCGACCGCGACUUCGACCGCAUAGCUAGACACAUAACCCGCUUUGACCCCCGGCCCGGCAUACCUACAAACACUCGGUCAUACCUCCGCGUCGUCGAAUUCCACGCCGACCGCAUACCACACGCAUCCCAAGAUGACAAAAUAUUCUUGAUUAGACUCACGUCCAAUGGUGAGGUGAAUGACUUCAUCGAAAGGCAACCAAAGGCUAUAAAACACGACUACAACGAGCUCUGCAAAGCCAUCCUAGCAGAAUACUCAGACUACGGCGCCUCCGGGACCCUCACGGCAGCCAUGGCAGUCAAACAAGCUCACAACGAGCUUGCGGAAUGCUACUACCACAGAUUGCGACAGGCCUUCUUCGGCAACCGAAACUACGAAGGGAUGGAGGAAGACACGAAUUUCAGGGCCCUGUACCUCCAAAACCUCCACCCCAACCUUAGCCAGCUACUAGGCGUGUACGCCUGCCCCCUUACACAGGACAUACGGCAACUGAAGACCCUGGUGGCACGAGCACAAGGCAAACAUCUGCUCAAGACACAGGCGAAGCCGCACACCCAACCUACAGUGUACAGCGUGGAAAACCACAUGGAACUGGAAGGCGCACCAACGGCCCGGAAACACAAAUGGGGAACCGACCACGGACCCCAGAGGAAUAACCACAAACACACGGACCCGAAGAACGGACAGCCACGCGACCAGCACCUCCCGCAAUACGGCGAGAGACGCGCCGGCCAGGCCGACGGGAAAGACCGCGCGCCACAACGGUCCCACCAAGACCGCACUGCCACAACCAUUAAUAAGGACAACCUUUCUAGGGAGGAACAAUCCCUCCUCCGCACGCUCCUGCGCAAAGCCAGAGAGAAGCCAGACAACGCCGACGUGUUCGCAGUGUCCGUGUCGGAUGACGCCGAGAACGCUCCCUACCACAUGGACGACGGCCUCGGCGGACAGGAGCUAAAUGACGACUACUCAAACGCACCAACGGUGGACACCUGCUACGACCAGAGGGAUGUCAUGGUAAUACAGGUAAACUCCAUCACAGACCCACGAGAGGACGGCCCCUCGACAACCAUCUGCGAACCACCGUUCCACCAAUUCAUGGGCGACCUACAACAAAGAGGUACCUACGGGAAACUCUACCUGCCCGUAAUACUCGAAGACCAAUGGGAACACGAGGCGCUCGUGGACACAGCUGCCGAUAUCAGCCUGAUUGGCGAAGACCUCUUCGGUAAGUUACAGUCUAUGGCCAGUAAAUCCCACAGACACCUAAAAACGCAGCCAUGCGACUUAGGAAUAACACCCUAUUCCCAGGUGGAUACGACCAUACGUAAAAUGGCUCUAAUGCGACUGACCGUGGGCCCCAUGACACUGGUCCACCCGGUCUACAUCUCCCCAUUCAACACGCAUCCGCUCCUAUUGGGCCAGGACCUUCUAAAUCGGUUUAAGCCCCUAAUAGACUACCAACGUCUAAAGAUCUGGACACAGGUCCGGGAGCCCUUGCCCAUCCCACGCCCGUUGGGCGAAAACCACCGCUACUCCAUAGACGCGCCGCCCACGAACGGCCCACAGCCCGCCGCGGCACAACCUGAAACCGAUCAGGGGACGCCCACAACCGGCGCGAACGCCACGCGCACGGCCCCCGACCUCGACAGUCUGCUGAUGCUCAUGAAGUCAAUGCUCCAACACAGGUCAAACCUUCGAACUCUGUACAGAGGAGAUGUGUACCACUUCUUCAGCAAACACAAGGCUUUGGAGCCCAGCCGAGGGGGUGUGGUCUGCUGGAUGGGGCUGGUGGGCUACCAAACUGCUCUCUACAGUCUGGGAAUGCUGCUCCAGACGGUGGUGUUCUUCAUCUGCUUCAUCUUCUUUAUUUUCCUUGUCAUCAUCCCGGUGUUUUAUGGGAGGAAUCUUUUCGUCUUUGAAGUGGUCGCUGAGUCCUGGCUGGGCUGGGCAACCCUGAUCAUCAUCACGCUUCUUCAACAUGUUGCAGCCAAGUUCAUGUUUAUGAAGAGAGAGGCAGGAACCACAGACGUCCACAACUGUGACUCCCUGUUUUUGCUAACGUACCUAUUUUUCCUGGUGAACUGGGUGUUGGGUUUGCUGGUUUCCAUGUGGAGGAUUCUGAUCUCUGCAGUGUUUAACCUAGUGCAUUUGGGACGCACCGACAUCAGCCUGCUGCACCGCUCUGCUGAGAGCUACGACCCGGCUUACCACUUCUAUACGCAAUUCCUGGUGGUGGAGGUGAGCCAGGCCCAUCCGGUGAUGAAGGCCUUCUGUGGGCUUCUGUUGGACCUCAUGAUAGAGGAAGGCCGAGCAGUGCACAAGAUUCAGCAGGUGGAGGAAGGCCUGCAAGAGGUCCGUACUAGCGAAACACUCCUCAGCCGGAGAGUGCGACGUCGGUGGCAGCUUCUCUUCACACUCGUCAACAAUCCGUCACUGCUUGGAUCCAGGAAACACUUUCAGACUCAACCCUGUGACACGCCAGCUAACACACCUCACGCAUCUAAUGGCACGCCCACCACCGCCAAUACAGGAAGCACAAAGUCCCACGCAGGAAGUAGGAAGGACAAGAAACCCGACUUGGAGCUGGCAACCGAGGCAGACAUUGAAGACCCAUAG